AUGUCGUCCAAGGCCAUCCGUGAAUACGACGCGAAGCUUCUCCUCGCGUACUGGCUCGAGCGCGCACCCUCCGUCGACCCCUCUGCCCAGCUUGCGACCAAGUUUGUCUUCCCCUCUCCGAAGGUCGCCCAAGUGUCAUGGGACCCAGAGACCAACACGAUCACUGCCGACACCCAGCUCCCCAGCUGGGUGUUCACCACAAAACUGGUUGCGAAACCCGACCAGCUCAUCAAGCGUCGAGGCAAGGCUGGUCUCCUCGCUCUCAACAAGACCUGGGACGAGGCAAGAGAGUGGAUUCAGGCGCGAGCAGGCAAGCCGCAAAGGGUCGAGUCCGUUGUGGGCACCCUGAACAACUUCAUUGUUGAGCCCUUCCUGCCUCACCCAUCCAACACCGAGUAUUACGUUUGCAUCAACUCGGCAAGAGAGGGCGACGCGAUCCUCUUCACGCAUGAGGGCGGUGUCGACAUUGGCGACGUCGACGCGAAGGCGCUCAAGCUCGAGAUUCCUGUCAACGCGCCCUUCCCUUCGCGCCAGGUCAUCGCCGACACGCUGCUCAAGCAUGUUACUGCGGCCAAGAAGGAGACCCUCGUCGACUUCCUCAUCCGCCUGUACUCUGUCUACGUCGACCUUCACUUCGCCUACCUCGAGAUCAACCCUCUGAUCUGCCUUGAUGCUGUUGACGGGGGUCAGCCGACGAUCUUUUACCUGGACAUGGCUGCGAAGCUCGAUCAGACUGCAGAGUCGAUCUGCGGGCCCAAGUGGGCAAUCGCGCGCGACUUGUCUAUCUACGAGUCGGGAUCGCAGGCGACCACGUCCAAGGGUAAGAGCGUGUCUGCCGACCGCGGCCCGCCGAUGGUCUGGCCUGCGCCGUUCGGUCGUGACUUGACCAAGGAGGAGGCGUACAUCCAGAAGCUCGACGCCUCGACUGGUGCCUCGCUCAAGCUGACUGUCCUCAACCCCGAGGGUCGUAUCUGGACGAUGGUCGCCGGUGGUGGUGCGUCUGUCGUGUACGCCGAUGCUAUCGCUGCGCAUGGCUUCGCGGAUGAGCUUGCCAACUACGGAGAGUACUCCGGCGCGCCCACAGAGGGUCAGACCUACGAGUACGCAAAGACCAUCAUCGACCUCAUCACCCGCGGCAAGCCGCGUUCGGACGGGAAGAUCCUCAUCAUCGGUGGCGGUAUCGCCAACUUCACCAACGUCGCAGCGACGUUCAAGGGCAUCAUCCGCGCGCUGAAGGAGUACAAGUCGCCGCUGAUCGCGCACAAGGUGCAGAUCUACGUGCGCCGCGGCGGCCCCAACUACCAGGAGGGCCUCAAGGCGAUGCGCCUGCUCGGCGAGUCGCUCGGCGUGCCCAUCAAGGUGUACGGCCCCGACACGCACAUCACCGCGAUUGUCCCCCUCGCCCUCGGCGUGGAGUCGAAGUCGUCGAACCCCGCACAGUCGAUCUCCGCGACGCCCGUCGGGCCGCCCUCGCCCAAGGCACAGGCGAAGGUGGACCCCGAGGUGGCGAUCGGCAGCAUCGGUCCCGACGGCGAGCGCACGCAGCCAAACGACCAGAUCGUGCGCUUCGAUACCACAGAGCAGGCGUCUACGCGCCCUUCGUUCCGGCCGUUCGACGGGCGCACGCGCGCGUUCGUGUACGGCCUGCAGCCGCGCGCGAUCCAGGGGAUGCUUGACUUUGACUAUUCAUGCGGCCGCGAGGCGCCGUCGGUCGCGGCGAUGAUCUACCCCUUCGGCGGACACCACAUCCAGAAGUUCUACUGGGGCACGAAGGAGACGCUCCUGCCGGUGUACACGAGCGUGGAGGAGGCUGUGAAGAAGCACGCGGACGCGGACGUCGUCGUCAACUUUGCGAGUUCCCGUAGUGUGUACUCCAGCACGCUCGAGAUCUUCAACUUUCCGCAGAUCAAGAGCAUCGCGAUCAUUGCUGAGGGUGUCCCCGAGCGCCAUGCGCGCGAGAUCCUGCACAUUGCAAAGUCGAAGGGUGUCUUGAUCAUCGGGCCCGCGACCGUGGGUGGUAUCAAGCCGGGCUGCUUCAGGAUUGGUAACUCUGGCGGUAUGAUGGACAACAUCAUCGCGUCCAAGCUGUACCGUCCUGGAUCUGUCGGCUACGUAUCCAAGUCCGGCGGCAUGUCCAACGAACUCAACAACAUCCUGUCGCUCACGACCAACGGUACCUACGAGGGUAUCGCCAUCGGUGGUGACCGCUACCCCGGCUCAACGUUCAUCGACCACCUGCUGCGCUACGAGCAGGAUCCGGAGUGCAAGAUGCUCGUCCUGCUUGGUGAGGUCGGUGGUAUCGAAGAGUACCGCGUGAUCGAGGCCGUCAAGAAGGGCACCAUCCGCAAGCCCAUCAUCGCGUGGGCGAUCGGAACGUGCGCAAAGAUGUUCACGACGGAGGUGCAGUUCGGGCACGCCGGCUCGAUGGCGAACUCGGACCUGGAGACGGCCGACGCGAAGAACUCGGCGAUGCGCGCGGCGGGCUUCGUCGUGCCGGACACGUUCGAGGACCUGCCGCUCGUGAUCCGCGAGACCUACGAGAAGCUCGUCGCGAACGGCACGAUCAAGCGGCAGGCCGAGCGCGAGCCGCCCGUCAUCCCGAUGGACUACAAGUGGGCGCAGGAGCUCGGCCUCAUCCGCAAGCCGGCGGCGUUCAUCUCGACGAUCUCCGACGAGCGCGGGCAGGAGCUGCUCUACGCGGGCAUGCGCAUCUCGGACGUGUUCAAGGACGACAUCGGCCUGGGCGGCGUCGUCAGUCUGCUGUGGUUCAAGCGCCGCCUGCCGUCGUGGGCGACCAAGUUCAUCGAGAUGGUGCUGAUGCUGACCGCCGACCACGGUCCGGCCGUCUCUGGUGCGAUGAACACCAUCGUUGCGACGCGUGCGGGCAAGGACCUGAUCUCGUCGCUGGCAUCGGGUCUGCUCACCAUUGGCAGCCGAUUCGGUGGUGCGCUCGAUGAGGCGGCGUCGAUGUUCUCGGGAGCGCGCGACACCGGUCUCACGCCGCGAGAGUUCGUCGACCAAUGCAGGAAGCAGAACAAGCUCAUCAGCGGUAUCGGCCACAAGAUCAAGAGCGUGAACAACCCUGAUCUCCGUGUCGAGCUCGUCAAGGAGUACGUGCACAAGCACUUCCCGAGCCACAGCCUGCUCGACUACGCGCUCGCUGUCGAGAAGGUGACGACGUCCAAGAAGGACACGCUCAUCCUGAACGUCGACGGUUGCAUUGCCGUCUGCUUCGUGGACCUGCUCCGUGACAGCGGUGCGUUCACGCCAGACGAGGCCGACGAAUACAUCAAGAUCGGCACGCUCAACGGUCUGUUCGUGCUCGGCCGCAGCAUCGGGUUCAUUGGCCACCACCUGGACCAGAAGCGCCUGCGUGCACCACUGUACCGCCACCCCGCUGACGACAUCUUCAUCAACAUGGCGGACCUGUCGCAGCCACGGGUGUUGGGCAAGAUGGCAUGA